GCCGCGUUGGCUAUUGUUUGGUGUUUCAAUUUUUAAUGGCCGCCAAAAGUAAAAAGAAACGUAAUAGCAAAGAUUCUACAUCUAGCAAUGCUGGUAGUGGCGAAGGCGAUGAUAAGAAAAAGAAAGACGGCGCCGCGGGUGGCAGCAAGAAAAAAGCCGGUGUCGGUAAAUCCAUAGGUUGUGACAUUUUCAAUGAUGCAGCCAUGGAGAAUGCCUACUAUGUGUGUCACAAUGUGCAGGAUGUGCUGAAAUCUCGUGGCUUUCCAUGGCCAGAUGGCCAAAAGAAGAAAAAGAAGGGAAAACGUUAAUCAGGCUAA